AAUAUACUAUCCUAAGAACAUAUUGCUAAAAAUUGGCAAAUGUUGUAAGACUAAAGGAAGAGAUAUUACUAUAUUCGAAAAAUCUGUCUAUAAAUAGCAAAAUUUAGGAAAAAGACAAUUUGGGAAAACUAUAAAAACAAGAAGGGUAUACAAAAUAAGGUAGACCAUUUUUAAACAGAGAAAAAAGAGGAAAGCGACGUUGUCUGAAGGAAACAAAAUCCUUACCUUACCUAGAGAAAAAAUGCAGCUCUACUUGUAUUGCAUUCAACCAGAAUAAAAAGCGGCAUGGUUAUUCAUAAAGUAACUAGCGCUAUUGGUGCCACUUAUCAUUUAUAUGGUAUUUAUAUAAGAACAAUUGCACCUGAAGUAGAAGUGAAAGUAGGGACGUGGCAUUGUCCCUCUUCUAUAUGGCAUCAGAAGCACUAGCUCCAGUAUCAUCUUAUAUAAUAGAUGCAGCGAAGGUACUGUCCCGUUUGAAACCAGAACCCCGGACAGCACCUUCGGUAUCACCUUCACCAACAGGUUUGGGUGUUGCUCUCUUGAUAGCAGCAACCGAAACGCUAUUUUUCAGCGUCACCUUCUGCAUUACAAUCCAUGAGAAUAAGUAAAAGAAACUCCCAGAGCCAUCAAUAUAAGGCUAAUCAAAUACGUGCACAUUUUUUGUUCUGCAGAAUUAUGAAUGAAAAUUAAAAAAGAUGUGAAAAUGUAUUGUAAUGAAGAAGGAUGACUUUGAUGGAAUAUAAAUUCACAACGAAA